CAAACAACAUCCCGCGACUCGUAAGCAAACGUGCAACAUGCAAUAUAUUUUGUAAAUACAGGGAUAGUAGAUUUCUACUCAGCUUUUUCUAGCAUUUUUGAACUCUUGGAAGCUUUUUUGGGUUGACUCGAAAGGAAGCGAGCAGCCUCAAAAUGAUAGAGUCGAUUCCAUUUUGGCAAUCUAUCGCUGAGCAGUUGGAAAACUUGUCCAGCAAACCAGACAAAUAUCUAUGCACCCAGCCUAAGAUCGCUGCGGAAAUCAAAACCUUCACUAAGAAGCUUUACGAUUCCACAAAGAGUUCAGAAAAAGAAGCGUAUCCAACAUCAGAAGCACUUCCUGAGCUGAUCAUCAACAGUUUUGAUGAUGAGCAAAUUUGGCAGCAGAUCGAGCUGCAGAAUCAAGAUGCUUAUGAUAAUUUAGUGAAGAAAGUGUCUCGGUUGAUGGCUAAGCAAUUGACUGCCAAGGUUUUAAAAGAGCAAGAGCCUACUCAAUCCCCUGAGAGAGAAGAUGAACUCAUUGGUGAAAACGAAGAAAAUGAGGACGGUUAUGAGUCGGUCAGGAAAACAACUCAAAACAAAAAGAAGCUGAAACCAUCAAUUGUGGAUGACAAGUUUUUCAAGCUCCAGGACAUGGAAGAAUUCCUCCUGAGCCAAGAGAAUGAAGAUGUAGCUCAAUCUGACAAGGAGUUGAUAGAUUUAUUCGCUGACAAUCUUGGGAGUGAUGACGAAGAGGAGGGUCAAGGCGUGUUCUACAAAGAUUUCUUUGAUGCUCCUGAGGGAGAGGAUGAUGAAGGUGACCUGAGUGAAGAAAUUUUUGAUGAAGAAGAGGAAGAGGAUGAAUCAAAUGAAGAGGAUGGAGAUAGUGAAAAUGGCCUUGAUUCUAAAGCUGAGGAUGAAGAGAACCAAGAAGUCGUGAGCCGAAAGCCCCAACAAAAUGGAAAACUCCAAGAGUUAAUGAAUACUGAUGAAGAUUAUGCUGAGCAAGUCAAAGACGAUGGGCCUAAAUCCAGUUUUGAGAUGAGGCAAGAUAAGCUUAAGAAACGAAUUGAUAAGAUUCACGAAGAAGCGUUGGGCGAGAAACCAUGGCAGCUGCAUGGUGAAAUCAGCGCCACCACAAGACCCCAAAACUCGUUGCUUGAAGAGGUUCUCGAAUUUGACCGAACACAGCGGCCUGCCCCUGUGAUCACUGAGCAAACCACCAUCAAACUGGAAGACAUAAUUCGGCAGAGGAUCAAAGACAAGGCUUGGGAUGAUGUAGAACGAAAAAUCAAGCCUGUCGAGGAGCCGAUUGAAUACAAAAAGAGGCUAGCCCUGGACCAGUCCAAGAGCAAAAUGAGCCUUGCUGAGAUUUAUGAACAGGACUAUCUGAAACAAAAGAAAGAAGCCAAUGCUGAUCCUAACGCGUCGGAGGAAGAAGAGAAGGAUUCACCAGAAAAAGUAGAAAUUAAAACAAUGCUGCAUAGCCUAUUCCUAAAGUUAGAUGCACUCUCUAAUUAUCACUACACACCCCGACCAACAGCGCCAGAAAUUAAAGUUAUCAGUAAUCUUCCUGCGAUUACGGUGGAAGAGGUAGCUCCAGCUGCUACCAGUGAUGCCACUCUCCUUGCCCCAGAGGAAAUUAAGGGAAAACUGCGAGGAAAUCCUUUAAGUAAAGAAGAAAGAACGGACACAGAUAAAAACAGAGAGAGGAGGAAAAAGAAGGCUCGUCAAAGGGCAAAGAGGAAGGUUCAAGAGGGCAAGGAAAUUGUAGGUGGUGGCGCUAAGGCUGCUGUCAAAAAAGCUAUCAAAGAGGGAAAAGUUAAACAGCUUGAGGUGGCUGACAAAAAUUCAGUCAAGUCUUCCAAGGCGUUCUUUACCAAGCUUCAAGAUGAGGUUUCAAGUACUAUCAACCUUAAGAAGCAGGAAAUGAAGAGGAAAAAUAAUGAAAAAAGUAGAGUCUCCGCAAAAAAAUUAAAGCUGUAGAAAUGCUUUUUUUCUAAUAAACCUAUAUUUUAAUUAGCAA